UCAUCAUGCCUGCCCAGUUGAUUAGCACUGUGCUUGUGGUUCUGUUUCUGAACCUGGUGACCUCUGCACCCACAGAUUCGAUCACAGCACUUGUGCCGUCUAUUAACGAAAAUGGCGUUCUGUUGGUGCCAUCCGAUAAUAAAUAUUACCUGAGAAUCGAUAUAGAAGGAACGGGAAGGGAGGAAACUGUUGAACAGAUUGCCCCGGAUCAGCUCCAAGUUAAGGGAUCGUUUGGUCAGCCCUUUCCGGGAUCCAAGUACCUUUUGGUAACGUACGAGGCUGGCACAAACGGUUAUGUGGCCAAGUAUAGCCUAUCUGAAAUACAGAACCAGGUGCAACACCUACCACCCCAAGCGUUAAAAUCUGCCGCCGGAUAAAAAAUUAAUAAAAAGUGGAUCUCUAAGUAAAAUUUUAUAACUUC